AUGACUGUCUCGCUCGUCCUGGCGGCCUACUGUCUCGUCCUUCUCGACGCCGUUUACUGUCGCCAGACGAGAAAUUUUCAAUUUCACGGCAAGGUCUCUAAUCAUCAUUCUGUCCAUGACGUGUCGGUUGGAGAUGAAAGUGAUUCGUUGCCGAUACUGGCCGAGCCGAUAGCCAACGUCACGGUGAGCGUAGGCAGGGACGCCCUGCUCGCCUGCGUCGUGGACAACCUGCGCAACUACAAGGUCGCAUGGGUGCGCGUGGACACGCAAACGAUCCUCUCGAUCCACCACAACAUCAUCACGCAAAAUCCUCGCAUCAAGCUCUCGUACAAUGACCACCGCACCUGGUACUUGCACAUUAAAAACGUCCAGGAGAUCGAUAGGGGCUGGUACAUGUGCCAGGUCAACACGGACCCGAUGAGGAGCCGCCAAGGUUACCUUCAAGUCGUCGUGCCGCCGUCCUUCGUUACCAAGGAAACCAGCACCGACAUGGUCAUACGAGAGGCUUCCAACGUGACGUUGACUUGUAAGGCGACUGGUUAUCCCGAGCCCUACGUCAUGUGGCAACGCGAGGAUGGACGAUACUUCAACUACAACGGCGACAAUGUGAACCUCGUGAACGGCGAAAUGUUGCACUUUACAAAAAUCAGCCGACUGCACAUGGGUCCUUACCUCUGCAUCGCGGCCAACGGCGUGCCACCGAGGGUCAGCACUCGGGUCACGAUCAAGGUCCAAUUUCCGCCAAUGUUAUCGAUACCAAAUCAAUUAGAAGGAGCUUACGUCGGACAGGAUGUAACCCUCGAGUGUCACACCGAGGCUUACCCGGACUCGAUAAAUUACUGGACCAACGAGAACGGCGAAAUGAUAGUCUCUGGCAUUAACCGUUCGGUUAUAGGCGAUAAAUUCGAGGCGACAGUCACGAAAAGUGGAUACAAUCAAUACAUGAAGCUGAAAAUACGAAACGUGGGCAAGAAGGACUUUGGCUCGUACAAGUGCGUCGCGCAAAAUUCCCUCGGAAGCACCGACGGAGUCAUCAAGUUGGACGAAAUUCCGGCACCAUCGACGACCACGCAUUCAUCAAACCAAGCAACCUACCCUGGAAUAAGAAACGGGAAAAAUGGCAGCCGGAGGCCGCACGACCGACCGAACGACUACGAGGUGGAAGAAUGGAGGAACUCAGAUUACAAACGAGAGCGUGGCUCGCCAUCGUCCGACUCGGGUGACGCAGGCAAGGACGGGAAGGAGGAGGAGGACAAGGACGAGGAGAGGCCCUCCUCGGGUGCACUGAGCCUCGCCCCGUCGUGCGGGCCCGAGCUCCUGUUGUCACUGCUGCUAAGCCUCUCCCACGUUAUCCUCGCCAAGGCGGCCGAGCGGUGCAGGUGAUCGCCGGACGCGACUCCUCCCGCUGCCAACCAAACGUUGCACGCAAUGUGCGCGUACACACUGCCCCCCGGGGAACAUCCACCGCUCGUCGUAUGUUACACGUAAUAUACCUACAUACACCGCAAAAUGAUACCAGUAUGUUAUUGUGUGUGCGCGCGGCCGUGUCUUGUUGUCCGAAGCGAGGCUGAUGACCGUAUAUAGUAUUAGGAAUGGAUGACCCGUGGAAACAACAUACACUUGAGCGUUGAGAUCUUAGCGAGGCAGUGGAGAGGUGAAAAUUAUUUUCGUACCAUGCAAGUGAUGAUCCGUGUGCACGUGCGCUUCGCUGGAUACAUUUAUAUUGUGUGCGUGGCAUUAUAUACGUAUAAUU